AUGUAAAAUAACGAUCCAAUCCCAUUAUAUAUGCUAACAAAAAAAACUAAUGUAGAUCACUUAGUCGGGUCUAAAGCAUCCAGAACACAUACCAGUAAGAUUAAUGUAGAAAUAUUCAAGGAGUAGAGACAAAAGUGAGCACAUCAAUUUCAAAUUCUCAGAAUAGUCAACGCAAAACAUCUUACUAUAAUAGAGCUCCAUUAUCAACAAAAAACUCAUUCAGUGUUCAUGUUGAUACGGAUGAAGGCGGAGGAGUUAAAAAAAUUUAGAGUUAUCAAAACAUUAAUAAUAAGAUGGAGAAAUUUUCAUAAUAGAAUAGACAUCUAAUUUGUAAAUUUUAUGAGGGCAUUUAUUUAAUUGGAAAUGCAACUCUUGGCAAAACAGAGAUACUCUAUUAAUAUGGAGGAUGUCAUCUUGAAUAAUUGUUGCCUGAUCUUGUAUUUCCCUAUGGAGCAAAGGAUGUCUAGAAAAAGUUAUCAGACUCUCAAAGCGAAAUCAAUGAAAUCCUUUAUAAGAGACAUGUCUCGGAAAACAAUCCAAAUUGCUUUAUUUUACCAAUCAAAACUUCAGAGUCAUUUGAAAAAGCAUGUAAUAACUUAAUUUAUUAUAGAGUAUAAUAGUAAUUAAUUAGCUUAUUGUAUUUGUUUAUCAAUACAAGAUAUUUGUCCAUCAAAGAAUAGUUAUUUGAAGUGCGAAAGAGUACUCUGCAUAGUUUCAUAUUUGCCUUUGAUAAAAUAUUUUAUAGAUUUCUUGAUUGAAGUCAUGAGUAUGAACACUGUAUUAAUUAGAUUGUGCCAAAGAGGAGAGAUUUAAUAAUUUGACAUUCACGUAAUACAUUCAAAAAUGCCCUCUUUUUGAAACUCUGCCUAUUUAAGUUCCAAGUCAAUAAAUACCAUAAUCUUAUUAUGAGUUUCAUGAUUACCAUGUGAAACAAUUAAAAAUACUAAACAAUGCCCUUAGUCUAGGGUUGGUUGCAAUAAAUAUCAUUUUAGAGAGAUCAGUGAUAUUUGUAGCACCAAAUGUAUAAUAAUUAGGAGCAAUCCUUAUGCUUUUUCUAAAACAUGUGAAAUGGAUUCAUUAGAUGGUAGCUUCGAUUCCUCCAAAAAAUAUAGAACUAUUGAAUGUGCCUGUUCCCCUGUUAGGUGGAUUAGUACUGGAUGAUUAUCAGUGUGUUGAAUAAUUAAUUGAUGAAUAUCCGAAUGUAGUUUUUGUGGACCUUUUUAAGUUAAAUAAUAUUUAAUUUUAGUUAGCAUGUCCGAAAUUCUCAAGAUUUCACGAAAAGUCUUGUAUAUAUAUUUUUGGUCAGAUAAUUACAAGGGAAAUCGUAUUAUGAGAUGGGAUAAAUUUUAGGACAGUUUUAAUAAAAUUUAGUCUAAGAAACUACAAGAGACGAGUAUAUAAUAAAAGAAUUUAGACAAACUCAAUACUUUCAUGAGAUGGAUUAGAUGAAAUAGUCAAUGAAUGUAAGAAAUAUUCCUGCAAUGUCCCAUCAUAUUAAAGGAUAAUAAUAAAGUUUUAGAAAGUUUUGA